CCCGACAGUCAUUUUUUGGCUGUUCCUUCUUUCGCCUCAUGGGUGAUAGACAAACUGCAGUCCGUAAUUAGCCGGUUUCGCAGCUAAAUAUCGCUUAAACCCUCCGCGCGAGUCGCCGAAUCUUUAAUCUACGCAAUCCUUAUUAAACAAAGUACACUUUAAUACCAUGAAUGAGGAAAAGCUGAGGAAGCUACAGGCGCAGGUGCGCAUAGGCGGAAAGGGCACCCCUCGCCGCAAGAAGAAGGUUGUCCACGCCACUGCUGAGACCGACGAUAAGAAAUUGCAGAGCUGUUUGAAGAAGCUCAACGUGAACCCCAUCCCUGGCAUCGAGGAAGUUAACAUGUUCAAGGACGAUGGCACGGUUCUGCACUUUAACAACCCCAAAACGCAGGCUGCUGGUGGCGCAAACACAUUCGCUAUCACUGGACGCGCCGACGAAAGGCAAAUCACGGACAUGCUGCCAGGCAUUUUCAGCCAGCUUGGCCCUGACAGUAUGAGUCAGUUGAGACGUCUAGCCACGUCCAUUAACGCUCAGCGCGCAAACCAAAGUCGCCCCGCUGAAGGUGAAGAUGAUGACUUUGUGCCGGAGUUGAAGUCAAACUUUGAUGAAGCCAGUAAAGGAGAAGCCCCAUCUGCCAAAAAAUCGGAUUAAGAGAAUCCAUCUCCAAACUGACUGUUGCAAAAGAUAAGAAACCGCUUGAGGAACACACUUCAGGAAGGAAUAUCUUUGGACAUUCCUAGUGCCUCUUUAUUUUCAGCAGCAGUACUUUUGAUUUUUUUCGACACCAUUAAUUUUCGCAGCUGUUGUAACUCUUCUGUGUUGGUGUAAUAAUGUUAAAAAUUAAACGUUUCCACAAAUCAGCCUUUGAUUUGUAUGAACUAUUAGACUCUA